AACGCGGCUAGAGUCAGGAAGCUCGGCGUCACUUCGAGCAGGACUGAUCAGAGUCGACAACAUCCGAGCCAGCACAAUGAAGACCUGAUCGGAAUUAAAAAUAAAAGGUUUAUAUGGUCAAAUAUCAACCAUGUUGGCCUUGGUUCGCCUCUGCCUUCUGUUUGUGUGCCUUAAGGGCAGCGCAGCUGAAGCAGAGCUGACCCCUCCUGAUGACCUCUUCAUGUUGAGCUUAAACACCAACUACACUCUGGCCUGGGACUGGGACCAGAGCGCUGCCGGAUCCGACUCCGCCACCUUCACUGUGCAAUACGCCGGGAAUCACCAGCUGAAGAAGAGGAACCCAAAGUGGACCACGGUGUGUGCAGAGACCUCUGGGAGGUCAUGUGACCUCACGAGGUCAGGACUGAACUACCUGGGCGUUUAUGUGGUCCGCGUUCAGACCAACCUGAACGGACGUCACUCAGUGUGGAAAUCGCUACAGUUCUCUCCCGAUAAAGACGCUGUUCUUGGACCUCCGUCUAAAGUUCGGCUUAGUGUGUCUGGAAGAACUCUGGAUAUUUUCAUCACCGACCCCCAGAACAGCUCCAACAGCUCCAUGAAGGAUCUCCUUAAUAAGCUGUCCUAUGAUAUUGUUUACUGGGAACAGCCUGAAGAUGGGAAGGGUUCGAUGCCGGAGACGACAUCCAUCGUGGGCAACUUGGUGACCCUGUCCAGCAUCAAACCCUGGACCCGGUACUGCAUGCAGAUCCGAUCCCGUGACGACUUCUACAACAAAACCAGCACAUUCACGGCGCCUCUCUGUGCCCAGACCGAAGGAGUUGUUCCUUGGUGGAAGAUCUUCAUGUACUUCCUGCUGUCGCUGGUGAGCUGCUUCCUGAUGGUGCUGCUCUUCCUCUACGGAGGCCAUCACUGUUUCCAGAUAUGCAAAGCAACUUUCCUUCCUAAUGAGAAGAUGCCCUCCUACAUUAAACAGCAUGAGGGUGACUACCCAUGCCUCAUCGUCUCUGACUACGAGUCGGACCUGUGCGAUCCUGUGAUCGUCUGCCCAGAGUCAGCCAUCCUGGUGAUUAAUCCAGCUGUGGACUCUGCAGCGCCCCCAGCUGGCCUGGACCAGGACAGAAGCAGCAGGCACAGCCGCCAGAACAGCAGCAGCAGCGGAGAUUCUGGAGUUUAUUCUGCAGGAGGAAACUCCGGUGGCCUGCAGCCCAAGGUCGCCUCGACCUUCACAGACGUGAAUCCCGGUUUCGACUCCGAGAAGCUGAACAUGCUGAGCAUGAACUCAGAGUUUAAAGUUUUUCCCGCCGUCCCAGACGAGGGAGUCGUAGACAUGGAGGUCUGAAGAACGAGAGGCUCGUUUUCCACCUGUAGGGGGAGCUGUUCGCUCAGAAACUGAAAAAACCUGAUGGUGACACAUGCUGGUUCUGGUUCUGGUUCCACAGGAAGGACUGUUGAUGUUGCUGUUUUAAUCGUCAUCUGUUGUAAAUCAUGUUGAACUGAAGCGAUCUGCCAUCUUUUUUUUUUUUACUUUGUGUCAUCUUGUUGUUGUUAACUGUCAUUGUUGGCGUGCUGCAGCAUUUAUUAAUAAGCAUUAAUUUUGAAUAUUGAUUGAUUAAUGAAACAGGAUAUAAUGAAUUUAGUGCUUCAAACUGGCUUACGGCAAACAUUUUAUGAAGUUGUGUUAGAUUGUCCAUGUGUGAGCUGCUUCUGUACUUUCUAAUAAACCUAUUACGGUCCAUG